AUGCAUCUCUCAAAGCCCUUCUCCCAUAACCUAAGAAACUCUCGUGAAAUGGCAUUAAGGCCCUACACGUUUUCGGGAAGGAAGGAAUCAUAUGAUUUUGAACCUCCUCGAUCGAGUGCUGAUCGAGAACUUGAAGAGAGGGAGGAAAAGGUGGGAUGGAAUGGAGGAGAUCCUAGUCAUUCAUUCUCAUCGGGCUUGAUACAUGCCUUAAAAUCAUCGUUUGCCUCGAAUUUUGUUCCAUUACAUCAUACGGAAAAUACGGUGCCCGUAGACAAUAGAUUCAAUCAUCAUGGUAUCUCUAACAACGUAAAGGGUAAUCUUCAAGAUUUUUCUUCAUUCCCAAUUCAGAGUGCCAUCUCAACAUCAAGGAACAUUUCUUACAAUGGAGAAGGAUUUCUUGGACAUCAACCACUCAUGCAAAACAACAACAAAACAAUUAGUCAUAUGGAAGGCCUAUCUCGGAAAAAUCAUCAAGAAGAGGUCCGAGAACAAAGUGAAGAGGAUGAUUGUUCGGAUCAUCUUUCCUCGGAUCCGAACACCUCAACCAGCUUGCAAAACUCUUCCCAUCAUCAACUUGUAAAUACCACGCUUAAUUCCACGUUUUCGGAAAUGUUUACACGUCUCUUGGGACGAGAGAAACGAAGACCUCAAUGCACAGCUCCCAUACGAACGGUCAUUGUGGUACAAGAUUUUCUGAAGGAACAAUAUGAGAAACAAGUGGAACUCGAGAAAGUGUCCAAGUCCCAGCAAUACAUGGGAGAGCAUUAUCAAGACAAAAAGUCCGUAUGUGCAUCUGGCCCAACUGAUGACACGUCCGUGCCAACAGUGCAUGAUCUUAAAGAAGAAGAGGUCUUGGAAGGUGAAGAGAUUUCAAGAAACCCCUCUCUCGCUCCGUGUAUUCGCUCAGUUUCCAUUCAUAAAAAAGAUAUGCUUUUGGGUGAGGAAGAACAUGUGAGGACGAGGUUUCUUGGUGAGCGAGAUCUUGAGCGAUAUCUUGACAUUGAGGGAACAAAUUACAGAAAGAGUAGAAAAAGCAAGUUGGCAGGUACGACAACUAAAACAGACAAACCACGAGAUCAUGUAAAACAACAGUCUGACGAAUUCACACACGAGAAUGACUUUCAAAAACCUACCAAAAGUCGAAGGGUAUUUCUUCCAGAAUCUGUACAACAAGCAAGAAAUCACUUCCCCUCUGAGAAUACAACUCCUGCUGAUAACAAUGAAUCCAAGCAUCAAAGGUCUGUGGUUCCUUCUUCCAAAACAACAAAUACUUCACCUCAAAAACCUUCAAAAACAUUACAACAAGAAAAAGCACGUUCCUCCUUCCAUUCUGACCCUGCGUCUUCUUCCUCUACACUCAUGAUACUAAGCCAAGAAAAUAUUUCCCAUCAUAACAACGUUGUGAAAUGGAUUGAACGUGACCUGGGAAUUAGCAUGUCGUCCACCUUGCAAUGCGAAAAUGAGUUGAAAAAUGGUUUGAAGCUAGCAGAAAUUGUUGGUCGAAUUGAAAGCGAAGAGCGAAUGAAAGGCAUGAACAAACAACCUCAAACGAAUGCCGCUUUUUUCAACAAUGUGGAAAGGGUGCUUUCAGUGCUCAGGGAGAAUAAGGCAAUGGAACUUCGAUACUUGUGGUCUGUCAAGGAAAUUAACGCUGGUAACCCUGAGGUUAUAUGGGGACUUUUGAGUGACAUUUUCGACGCGUACAGGAAACGAACAUCCAAAGUCAAAACAAAAUCAAGAAGGAAGAUGCAACAAGAUAUCUCGAAAGAGGAUGAAAUGGUGGAAAAAAUCGAAGAAAUUAGUAAGCAUGUGCAUUCCAAUCAAGUCGAUAGGGACUUACAUGAAGAACGACGAAUGCGUGAAAGUGGCCACUACCAAGCCAAUGAUGAGGUUCAAAUUACAGAUGAAGGAUUUUCCAUCGAAGAAAUUAAUCGAAUGAAGCAAGAGUUGUUAAAUUCAGUCAUUAGUGACGAAUAA